AUGGCCGAUACUGAUUCUUUCCUUCAUCUUGCUCGCCCUCUGGGCCCAGUGGCAGUGGGGUCUGCUCCGACUACUGCCCCUCUGAAUGUUGUCAUUCAGCCUCAGGCCAUCUUCUCGAUUCUCGACCAUUCCCUCCGUCGCAACGCCGAUCAGGAGCGUGUCAUCGGUACCCUGUUAGGAACCAGAUCUGAGGAUGGAACCGAAGUGGAAAUCCGCAGCACCUUCGCGGUUGGACACACUGAGACGACUGAUCAGGUUGAGGUGGAUAUGGAAUAUCAGAAGCAGAUGCUUGCGUUGCACCUCAAGGCGAACCCGAAGGAAGUGCUUGUUGGCUGGUACGCCACAUCGUCCGAGUUGAACACCUUUUCCGCCUUGAUCCAGAACUUCUACAGCGGCCAGGGUGACGGCACAUGGCCUCACCCUGCCGUCCACCUGACCGUGUCCACCGAGGCUGGAAAGGACAUCGAGACCCGCGCCUACAUCUCCGCCCCCGUUGGUGUGACCGCGGAGAGGGCCGCCGACAGUGCCGCUUUCAUCCCCGUCCCCUAUGAGAUUCGGUACGGCGAAGCCGAAAAGAGCGGUCUUGAGGCCAUCUCUUCCGCCCGUGAUGCGGAAAACCGUGCUACCAACAUCUUCACUGAUAUUGAGGCUUUGGAGCGCGCCAUUGAGGACGUCCUCGGCAUGAUCGACAGAGUCUCCAGAUACGUUGAGUCUGUCAUCGAUGAGGAGGCCCCUGCGUCGACUGCUCUGGGCCAGUUCCUUCUCAACACUCUUGCACUUGCACCUAAGGUUGAACCCGCCGACAUUGAACGGGAUUUCAACAACCACAUCCAGGACGUUCUGGUUGUGUCCUACCUGGCCAACACCAUUCGCACACAGAUGGAGCUGUCCAACCGGCUAGCAACCGCUCAGCUCACUCUGGGUGGAGAGUCUGGCGGUGCCGAGUCUGGUGCUCAGCGUGGCCAGAGAGGCGGCAAGGGUGGCCGUGGUGGACAGCAGCGGAACCAAGAACGGGGAGCCGAGGAAGCCCGCGCAUGA